AUAGCUGUCUUCUAUCUCUAGAUUUACCGUCACUCAAACUGUAAUUAACUGCUGGUCAAAUAAAUGAGGGGCGACACUGCAAGUCAGCUUGACCGUCAGUUUAACGUGAGCACCAAUAGUACAUUUGUCACUUGGUGGACUGAAAGCAUUUUCGGACAAAACUAAGGAUUUGGGUUGGUGCAUGGGGCUCCCUCACUUGCUUCUAUACCUAAUCUCUAGGCGGUGUGGUCAUCGUUUUGAGCUGAGGUUUUCCUUCUCUGGUGUGAGAAAAGAUCUGUUCAAUUAUCGCCUCGCAGGCGUUCUGGUCGUCAGUGUAUAAAAAUCAAUGAGGAAAAGGCUUUCGUGAGAACUAAAAUCGUGACUUGUUUCACCUAACCUCGCCAACCUCGUCAAACUGGCAGAACGGUGACGUCACAGAAUGGCGCUCGAAGCAGCAGACGACCCUCAAGCUCCGGUCUUAUUGACGGCGGCAAGGAUAGAAAACUGUGGAGACUCCUUCGCUAAACUGGUACGCCUGAUGACGCUUUGCGAUAUAGACGCGGAUCAAGUCGGUACUGCAGAAGAAGCGAAAGAACUUCUGCUUCACGCAGCGGAUGUGAACACGGAAAUAUUGACUCUUUGCAGACACCGCCAGCAGUCGCCUCCACAUGGUGUCGAGUCAAGACCGUCUGUGACCUCCUUUGACAGCGUGGACUGCUCUGAACCCUUGGACACUGAGGUCUCCAUUCCGAGUGAUCUGCGGGCAGGAAUGUACUUCCAGAAAGUUACGUCACGUGGCCUCGAACACCGGCGGUUCGUGCGCGUGGGACUAAGUAGCCAUGGUGACGGCUUGGCGUUGCUAUGGGCAGCCAAAAAGAGAGCUAUUACAGAAGGCCAAGUAAAGACCCUCCCCCUGUGCAUCGUAGACAAAGUGAUGACGUGUACGAUUAAAGAGAGGGGUGUGAUGUUUGUGGACGCCAAAUCCCGGCACUACGGGUUCAUUUCUAAAGACAUCCCUACCAUAAAGGCAUGGGGAAAACAGCUCAAGGAAUUCGUGGGAGAAAUUAAACGCCUCGCGUAGUCCUGACACACGAAUGAAGCUCUUGCCGUUUUUUUCCAGAACUCUGUGACCGAUUCUGAUCAAAUCAAGUCCCAAAAAGGGGAGAAAAUACUCACUUAUUUAGUCCGAAAAGACCAUGUUUCAUGUGAUGAGCCUACUACAAAAAAAGCGCUACGUACGAUUAAAAACAAUGUCUCCGCAUCAAUGGACGAAGAUAACUAUUAUAUUUAUAUCCCACCCCUUUCUUCAGAUAUUGGAUCUGGUAGUUGCAUCCGUUCAAACCGGAUCCCUGGUUUUACGACCGGUGGGUGACGGGACAGAAUGACAAAAUGUACACGUAUCAAAAACAAGUGAGACGCUUAUGGAGGGGUGGGAGGGGGGGGGGGCAGAACGUGUUCACUUUUUCUGUUUGUAUAUGGCUAUGAACAAGUGUUAGGGCUCGCUCCCAAUGAAACUAUCGCUCUACGUAGAUCGAUCCAACUCCGUGUGGACUCUCGCUGAAUGCAAUCAGUUAAAGGGAUUACCACGCGUCACACGGAAUGAGCCGUAAGGCACGGUCUCUGUUUAUUCAAGAUAUGACCUCUCUAGAGUGAUCCUUCAUAUAUUUGACAAGGGAGCAGACGUGGAAAGAACGCCUAGUGUACACGUACAUGUACGACCUACUAUAGUGUGCAUUUGUGAAAAGUAGAAUAUUGUUAUGCAGCGCAAUGUCUCGAAUAACCAAAAUAAUCACAAAUUUUACUGAAACAAAGUGAACAAUUGCAUGCUCAGCGGAGUGUUCGGGAGUAUAGAUUGCCACAACUAAGAGCUUUUAGGGCCCGGGGGGCUUUUUUUCCCCUCGUGUGGCAAAUUUAGUGGUUUUGUAAAAGUAUAUUUUAUCCAGUUUUAAUACCAGUACAAAAAUCAUGAGCCAUUGAUAAAAGGUUUCAUAAUUUCAAGUGAUUUCUAAUUUUGUUUGACAUCGCAAUUGAAAUGACACAUAUUAUGACUUUUUAUGAGAAAUUAUUGCCUAAAAUUGACGUAAUUUGAGAGUGGCUAGACAUAUCCACGACUAAGAAAUAGAAUUUUACAUACAUACAAUACCCACGAGGGAGCUCCUAGUAGAAAGGCUGAGGGCAUUUUAUAAGCGACAUAUAGACUUUUC